GUGGAAAUUUUGACUUUCUAGUAGUUAUCGGUCCUUACAUUCAAUUGGACUUCGGAUACUCAGAGUGCUUAAUAAGAUUUUUCGGCGUGACAGAGUUAGAUCCUCCAUCCUCUACAGACUUCAUCAAGCCAAAAUUCUGAAAGGAAUAUUUGGGCCACAGUUAAUGGACGAAGGUAACUAAGGGAUUCAACUUGAAGUGACCUGAAUUCCGGUACUUCACAAAGAGCAAGGAAUUAUCAAGGAUUAAGGAAUCCCAAUCCCGUACAUCAUCAUUUCCAUAAUGGCCCCUUCACCCACCGACCCGCGCCCUCACCAUUACCUAAUCGAGCACCUCGACCCCGAAAUCUCCCCCUGGUCGACCGCCGAGUAUGCCUCCAUCGCCAAUGAAACCCACUCAACCUACCCCCCCUCCUCAUCCGUGUCCUCCACCCCUUCCAAAACCCCCUACUUCAUCCUCUCCUCCGUCCCUCCGUCCAUGCAGCUCCCCGCGGAAUUGCAGCAGCUGCAAACGCGGGGGAUGGUGAGUGUGGAGCACCGGAGUGUGGAGGAGAUGUGUUGGCAGGAGGGGGAGAAGGGGGAGGGGAAGUUAUGGAGGAAGGAGAGGGUGUGUUUGCUGGAUCCGAAGGCGGAGAAGGAGUUGGAGCCGAAGGAUGGAGAGGUGUUCGAUGCAUUUUUGUUCGGUGGGAUAUUAGGCGACGACCCUCCACGAGACCGCACCUCCGAGCUCCGUUGCAAAGGCUUCCCCACCCGGCGACUUGGUCCCCUGCAAAUGACGACCGACACCGCCGUCCGCGUCACCCGACUAGUAGUCGCAUCCGGGAUCCCAGUAGACCAGAUCCCGUAUAUCGACUAUCCGGAGAUCAAGAUUAACAAGCAUGAGACCACGGAGAUGCCGUUCCGGUAUGUGAAGGAUGAGAGAGGGAAGCCGGCAAUGCCAGAGGGGAUGGAUGAACUGAUUGCGAAGGAUUCGGACAAGGGGUUUGCGGAGUUGAUGGGGGAUGAUGGGGCACUGGGAGGAUCUUGAUAUAGGAUGGUCUGGAGGAAAUUCUGGAUUGGAUAUCAUUUACUAGAGGCCAACCUUGGCGGUAUAGCCGGUCACCAGUAAGAUACGCGAAUCAGCAUGCAAAUGACAA